AAACGUGACCAAUUUCUUAUGAAAUUGCGAUCUGACUUUGAAGGCCUCCGGUCCCAUCUCAUGCAUAGAGAUCCUGUACCAUUGUUGGAUGCGUGCCUCAACGAUUUGUUACGUGAAGAACAACGUCUUCUUACACAGUCCAUCAUUGAAGAAUAAAGAUUGUCUACUGUUCCCGUAGCAUACGUGGCACAAGGGAAGUCACGACGCCAUGACAUGAGUGCUAUUCAAUGUUUUAGUUGCAAGCAAUUUGGACACUAUGCUUCCUCCUGUCCAAAAAAAUUCUGCAACUACUGCAAAAAGGAUGGACAUAUUAUUAAGGAAUGCCCAAUAAGGCCACCAAGGCAAACUGUAACAGCUUUUACAACCACCACUGAUUCUUCUACUCCCAACAGUUCUACCAAUCCAGCACCUGUCCCACAACAUGCUACUACUGUUGUUCCCACUUUGACUCCUGAAAUGGUUCAACAAAUGAUCAUUUCAGCAUUUUCUGCUUUGGGAUUCUCAGGAUCAACACUUGGGGACGAUAAUCUCAAAGGGGCCUAAAGUUGGACGUCUUUUUCCCAUCCAUUUCUCGCUGUCUCCAAGUCUUUCUUUACCUUUAGUCUCUUGUAAUUCUGCAAUUGUUGAUUAUCAAGUAUGGCAUAGGCGUCUUCGGCAUCCCAACUCCAAUGUACUCCAUGACAUGCUCAAAUCUAGUUUUCUUGGAAAUAAACACACCCCCUCUCUUAAUGAUAUUCAUUUUGAUUGCAUUCCUUGUAAGCUUGGCAAAAGUAAAAUUUUACCUUUUCCAACACAUCAGUCGCAUGUCAGCCAACCUUUUGAUAUCAUCCAUAGUGAUGUUUGGGGGAUAGCACCAGUUACAUCUCAUGCUUAUUACAAGUAUUUU